AUGGCAAAGUCGAGCUACGCAGUGUCGCAGCUGCUCACAAAGCUCAAGAACCCGGAUGCGGACCUCCGCUUCAUGGCCCUGCAAGACCUGCAGACCGAGUCGCGCUCGCCCUCGUUCGGCAUCGACGACGCGACAGAGUAUGCGCUCGUCGACCAGGUGCUCGCGCUCGUGAAGGACGUCAAUGGAGAAGUCAAGGGCGGGGCGGUGAGGACCCUCUCCACGCUCGUCCCUCACCUCUCUCCCGCCCGCAUCCAGACCACCAUCGAUCGCCUCGUCGCGCUCACUUCUGACCCGGACGACGGCGUCCGCGACAUCGCCUCGCUCGGUCUCAAGAUGGUCGUCGGCGAGGUCCAGCCUGGGACGGCGUUGGCGCAGACUUGCUGUCAGAGGCUCGCGCCCGAGGUGGUCAAGUUGCUUGGUGACCCCGCCUCGUCCGCCGAACUCGUGCUCGACUCGCUCGACCUCCUCUCCGACAUCCUCUCCCGCUUCGAGACGACGAUCCGCACCCUCCCCGCGAUCCAGUCCUCGAUCCUCAAAGCCUCGACCCCGCUCCUCUCCCACGGCCGCGCAGCAGUCCGCAAGCGCACCGUCUCGACCCUCGCAGUCCUCGUCCCCUCCGCCGCGAGCGCCGACGUCUUUGACAAACUCGUCACUGGCACGGUCCUCCCCGCGCUCAAGGAUUCGGACGAGGAACAGCUCCGCACGGCCGUCUCGCUCGUCGGUGCGCUCGCGCGUUCGGCGCCUCGCUUGAUCGGACCCAAGGCGGGCGAACUCGUUCCGCUCGUCUUGAAGGCUGCCGAGCGUGACGACAACGAGGCGAAGGAGGGCGUCUUGCAGUGCCUCGAGGGGUUCGUCCUCCGUUGCCCGGCAGAGACGGGCGGGCAGUUGAGCGCGAUCGUCGACAAGGCCGUCGAGUUGCUCAAGUACGACCCGAAUUUUGCGGGUUGGGCGGGAGACGACGAGGACGAGGAGAUGGCUGGCGCGUCGGACGAUGACGAUGCGUUCGGGGAUGACGAGGACGAUGAAGAGUUUGAGGACGAGUACGACGACGAGGACGACACGAGCUGGAAGGUCCGCCGUAGCGCCACCAAGCUCCUCACGGCGUGCAUCUCGACGCGGGCCGACCUCCUCGCCAACUUCUACCGCACCGUCUCGCCUGCGCUCAUCGCGCGCUUCGGUGACCGUGAAGAGACCGUCCGCGUCGAAGUCUGGGCGACUUACACGGCCUUGCUCAAGCAGACCAAGGUCGUCACGCGUCCUCAUGCCGCGCAGCAGCAGGCGCAGGGCACCCACGGCGGUGCGAGCCCGCGCGGGCACCUCAAGCGCAAGCGCGACGAGGACCAGAUGGACACCGAGGGCGAGGCGAGCCCGCUCGCGCAGCUGCAGGCGCAGACGCCGACGAUCGCAAAGUCGAUCGUCAAGCAGCUCACGGUCGCCAAAUCGAUCCCGACGCGCCAGGCCGGCUUUGUCCUCCUCCACGAGCUCGUCGCGGUUCUCGAAGGCGGCGGUCUCGAGACGCAGAUCCCGGCGCUCGUCCAGCGCGUCGAGGCGGCACUCAAGACGUCCGACUCGGGUCUGUCGGGCGCCGCGACGUCCCUCAAGAUCGAGGUUCUCUCGUUCCUCGCGCUCUUCUUCCGCACCCACCACGUCAAGACGUUCUCGGACGAGCUCGCCAAGCUCGUCCCGCUCAUCGCCAACGCCAUCGGUGACAGGUUCAACAAGAUCGCCGCCGAGGCGUUCCUCACCGCUUCAGAGCUCAUCAGGGUCCUCCGUCCCGUCUCGUCCAACAGCCAGCCAGCGCAGCUCGCGCCCGCCCACGUCGCCCACCUCUCGACCAUCUACGAGGCGACGAUGAAGAAGCUGACGGGAUCGGAUGCCGACGAGGAGGUCAAGGGCAAGGGCAUGCAGACGCUCGGCACGCUCCUUUACCACUCGGGCGACUGCGCUCCCGGCGACCACCUCGCAACCUCGCUCGCCUUCCUCCGCGACCGCCUCCGCAACGAGGUCCAGCGCGUCACGGCCGUCACUGUCGUCGGCCAGGUCGCCGCAUCCCCCGUACUCAAGCCCGGCGCGUUCGAAGCUGUCGACACCUGGGCGCAGGAAUGCCUCCCCGAGGUCUCGGCGCUCCUCCGCAAGGUUCACCGCCCGCUCAAGAUUGCCGCCUUUGACGCCCUCGACGCGCUUCUCGCCCGCGGUGGCGGAGCUAUCUCGGCCGACACGACCCAGGCCAUCGUCAAUGAUCUCGCGCCUCUCCUCGCCGCCGACUCGGGCUCGGCUGCCGGCGACAUCAACCUCGUCCCGCAUGCGCUUCUCACCCUCUCGAACCUCCUUGCCGCCUCUCCGUCGGAGGAGACGGUCGGCCUCGUCGAAGAAGUUGCCCUUCCGCGCGUCCUCGAGCUCAUCGCCUCGCCCAUCCUCUCCGCUGCUGCAACCUCGACCGCGACCGGCCACUCGAACCCGGUCGUCGAUGCGCUCACGCACUUCUUCCCGGCGCUCGUCAAGGCCGGCUCGGACGCCGGCGAGCUCAUCGCGCAGCUGUCCGAGGCGGGCAAGAGCGCGGCUCAGACGGGUGCUGGAGCUGUCGUCGCCAAGUGCAUCGGUGCGGUCGUCGUCGAGGAGCCGGGUGAGGCUGCCAAGGUCGUCAAGGAGAACGAGAAGGUGGUCAAGUCCGCGAAGGCGUCGCCGAACGCGCUGAUUCUCGCCCUCCUCACGCUCGGCGAGGUCGGUCGCGUCGUCGAUCUCUCGUCGCACAAGGCCGCCUUUACCAAGGUCGUCGAGCACUUUUCGUCGCAGUCGGAGGACGUCAGGCGUUCAGCCGCAUACGCUGGCGGAAACAUGGCUGUCGGCAACCCGUCGGCGUUCCUCUCGACCAUCCUCGACCUGAUCCAGUCGGACGACAAGAAGCGCUACCUCGCGCUGCAGGCCCUCAAGGAGGUCAUCAUCCACUCGUCGACCGAGUCGCUCGCCGCCAUCUCUGACCAGCUCUGGACGCCGCUCUUCGAGAACUGCGAGGCGCAGGAGGAGGGCACGCGCAACGUUGCCGCCGACUGCCUCGGCCAGCUCACCGUCAUCAACCCGGCCAAGUACCUCCCGCAGCUCCAGACUCGCCUCUCGUCCAACUCCCGCCACACCCGCGCAACGGUCAUCGCCGCCCUCCGCUUCACCUUCACGAACGACUCGACGACGUACGACGAGCUCCUGGCGCCGCUCAUCGUCGAGUUCUUCAAGCUCAUGCACGACGAGGACCUCGGCGUCCGCCGCCUCGCCCUCUCGUCGCUCAACUCGGCCGCGCACAACAAGCCGUACCUCGUCCGCUCGCACCUCGACUCGCUCUUGCCCGAGCUGUACGCGCAGACGGUCGUCGACGAGAGCCUGAUCCGCAUGGUCGAGAUGGGUCCGUUCAAGCACAAAGUUGACGAUGGUCUCGACAUUCGCAAGACCGCCUACGAGUGCAUGCACUCGCUGCUCGACACCUGUCUCAAGGAGAUCGACCUGCAGGCGUACCUCUCGCAGGUCAUCUCGGGCCUCUCGGACGAAGACGAGGUCAAGAAGCUCUGCUACGUCAUGCUCACCAAGCUCGCCCAUGUCGCGCCGACGGCCGUCUCGCAGCGCCUCGACGAGACUGUUCCCGCCUUCACCGAGACGCUCGGCAUCGUCCUGAAGGACAACGCCGUCAAGCAGGAAGCCGAGCGCACGCUCGAACUCCAGAAGAGCGCGAUCCGCACGCUGGCCGUCCUCAACCGCAUCUCUUCGUCCGCCUCGACGCCCAAGUUCAGCAACUUCAUCUCGAACACCGUCGCAACCGGCAAGAUGGCCAGCGAGUUCAAGGAGUCGAGCCGCCAGAGCCAGGCCGUCGCCAUGGACCUCGACUGA